AUGACCGCACUACGAAGACCCAGCUCCAAAUCCGAGACUGCUGCGCACCGUCGCAAGAGUAGCGUCCAUGCCGAUGACGCUGCUUUGGCAGGGAUGGGGAUCAAGCAGGAGCUCAAUCGGAAUUUCUCGUUCUUGUCGAUGCUUGGUCUCGCUUUUGCAAUUCUAAACACAUGGACCGCUGCCGGUGCGAGCAUGUCACUAGCUUUGCCAAGCGGCGGCCCUUCAAGUGUUAGCUGGGGAUUGAUUGUUGCAGGCAUCUGUAACAUGUGCCUCGCUGCAUCCUUGGCUGAGUUUCUUUCGGCGUUUCCCACCGCGGGUGGUCAGUAUCACUGGGUUGCUGUGAUCAGCUGGAAACGCUGGGUACCAUUGCUGUCAUGGAUCACCGGCUGGAUCAAUACGGCUGGUUGGGUCGCUCUAGCCGCCACUGCAGGCCUCCUGGGAAGCACGCUGAUCAUAGGGAUCAUUUCCCUUGCCGAUCCCUCCUACGAGUCCCAACGUUGGCAUCAAUUCCUCAUUUACAUUGCGUUCAAUCUCAUUGCAUUUCUAGUCAAUGCCUACCUCACUCGCCUCCUCCCCUUAGUUACGCAAUCAGCACUCUACUGGUCGAUCGCUGGCUGGCUUGUUAUCUCAAUUACCAUUCUGGCGUGCGCCUCUCCGGACUAUCAGACUGGACAUUUCGUCUAUGGACAGUUCGUCAACGAGACUGGUUGGCCAGACGGCCUGGCCUGGCUUCUGGGUCUACUGCAAGGCAGCUUCUCGUUGACCGCGUUUGAUGCUGUUGCGCAUUGUGUAGAGGAGCUAGGAGAUGCAACGAUCGAAGGGCCACGCAUCAUGCUUGCAUGUGUCCUGAUAGGAGUUGUCACGGGCUUUAUUUAUCUGUCUGUCCUUCUUUUCUGUGCCAAGGACAUCGACACGGUCAUAAGCUCAGCCGCAGGUCCCAUGUUGGAAAUCUUCUACCAAGCUACUGGGAGUAAAGCCGGCGCUAUCUGCUUGCUCAUGUUUCCCCUGAUCUGCUUGAUGUUUGCUGGUAUCAGUAUUAUGACUACAAGCAGUCGUAUGGUAUACGCCUUUGCACGGGACGGUGGCCUGCCAGCAUCCAAAUAUUUGGCUAGAGUGCACAGGAAGCUCGUGGUACCCUUGAACGCCCUAAUAUUUACAGCAAUACUUGUGAUCAUCUUUGGGUGCAUCUUCCUUGGUUCCACAAGCGCUUAUAACGCUAUCGUCUCCGCAUCAGUUGUGGCUCUGGGAGUUACUUAUGCUAUUCCACCGGCCAUUAACUGCCUAAGAGGUCGAAAGAUGCUCCCAGAAAGUCGACCUUUCAUUUUACCAAGUGCGCUUGGCUGGGUGUGCAAUUUGGUCGGUAUUGCAUACACAAUCUUGACUACGAUCCUUUUCAUGUUUCCGCCUGUGAAGGAGGUGACCGGGAGCAACAUGAAUUAUUGCGUAGCGGCGUUUGCCAUCGUUUUCAUCGUGUCCGUCAUUCAAUGGUUUGUUGAUGGCCGCAAGAACUAUACUGGCCCACGUCUGGAUGUUAAUGCUCUUAAAAGAGGAUCAAUCAUUGGAAUGGCACCUGUUGAUAGCAAUAGCGUGCCACAAGCAGAGAACGGCAUCGAUGAUAUCAGGGAAAAGAGAGCCGAUCGAGAAACUUAG